AUGUCGCAAAAAUGGAAUGCAUUUUAUUUGGUUUUUGUAUCCCACAAAAAAACCCUCAUUAUUUAUAUAUCGGUAUUUGGAAAACAAUACGGGCAAAACUCACCCCCUUUAACUUGAACGAAACGAUUCCGAUCACCUGCCCACGAUACGAAAUGCUUAUUGCGUAACAUAUGUUUUGAAAUGCAGCUGAUGUGCUGAUAUCUACUCGGUUCAACAAGUGGAGUGGACCAGUUGUCAGUUCUCACGGAUUAUGUUUGCAUCAUUUACGAAGUUCACUUUUAAUUGUAAAUCUAUAUUAAAUGACCGUUUCGGAAAAUAAUCCAUAUGCCAAGAAAGUGCUAUGUAUAACAAUGUUCAGUGGAUAACUGCAAGUAUUGUACUUGCAUUGUGUUUUUGCGGUGGCUUUCUGGAUGUACUUACCUCCCAAGAGUCCCAAGGAUUCACUACGGAUAUCGCUAAAGAAUGGGACAAGCGGUUAUUGUUGUUUUCCACGCUCGAUGGGAGUCUAGUGGCGGUUGACCAGCAGUCUGGGAAGAUUCAAUGGAAAAUUAAAGACAGGCCUACUGUGACAGUUCCGCUAGAUACCACAGAUGCAAUUAUUCCACUGUUUCUACCAGAUCCCAGGGACGGUUCCCUAUAUCUGCUAGGCGACAGUAGGCAACCACUGAAAAAGUUGCCUUUCACGAUUCCACAGUUGGUUGCAUCAUCGCCAUGUCGGAGUUCGGAUGGAAUUUUAUACACAGGUAAAAAGAAGGACAGUUGGUACAUGUUGGAUCCAAGAACUGGCCAGAGGGAGCAAGUUCUCGGUUGGGAUCGAAUGAGCCCGACGUGUCCGAUCGAAAGCGUAGAUGGAGUAUAUGUCGGCAGAACGCAGUAUUCGAUUAUGAUGGUUGAUAGUAGAAACACGAAUCGGAAGUGGAACGUGACAUUUUAUGAUUACACCGCCAAUCCGUUAAGCAAGGAGAUGUUGAAUAAUUACGAACUUGUGCACUUUGCGUCGUCGUCAACGGGUCGUUUGGUCACAAUGGACAGGCGGAGGGGAUCCUUGGUGUGGGAUAUUGAUACUGAAAGUCCGGUGGUUGCGAUCUACAUUAUGGACCCCAGUGGUUUGUUGAGUUUGCCGUUUACCAGCAUGGCUAAUCACACAAUUGGACAUCUGGCAACCGACUGGGUUAGUCAUCAGAAACCGUUCCAGUACCAGCCUUCUCAUAUGAAGCUGUACCCUACGUUGUAUGUGGGCGAGUACAUGUACGGUUUGUAUGCGUUACCGUCGCUCGUUGAUCAAAACACAGUCACCAUAACUACAUCAGAAGAUGGCCCGUUACUAUUGGAAGGUCCCGAUUUUCCAAAAUGCCAAAAUCCCCCGCCUACUUACCCGAUACCGGGCAAAAAUUACUACGUUCACCAGGGUGGCGGGGAACCGGUAAUAUUUCAAAGUGUACCUAAAGCAAAUGACACUGUGAUCUACUUGGGGCAUUACAAUGUACCCGAUUUCGACUUGGGCAAACUGCUAAUAGCCGGCCAAAAUUUGGCCUAUCUAAAUUUGCUAACAGACGAGUCGAGCACCACCAAGCAAACCAACGAGAAGCCGAAAUCCACCCAAAGUGAGGAACACAAUUCGAAACUAAAGUGGACUGAUAUAUUCCAGGACAACAAACAUUCCGUUGGCGUUCAGACCGACGACGUAAAAAACGAGAGUGGACCACCGGAAACAGAUGACCCGGUUUCGUCUACCUCUCUCAAGAUGUUCGUUGUAGACACGUACGGGCAAGUAAAAGUAUGGAUUAAUCAACAGGACAAUAAGGGGCUUAAACUUACGCUCAUCAUACUUAUCGGCUGUAUUAUUGCCAUGUUUUGGUACCUACAGAUGCAGGUCCGCGAAUUUCAGCAACUAUCGCAAAACGGCUCUAGAGGCAGUCAGAACGGCUCCGUCGGACGAAACGGCGCCAUUUCCGCCCUCCCCGAGGAGUUGGACGACGGUAAAGUGCGAAUCGGAAAGAUCACCUUUCACCCGGAGCAGCUGCUCGGAAAAGGAUGCGAGGGCACCUUCGUGUACAGGGGAGAAUUCGAUCAGAGACAGGUCGCCGUUAAACGCCUACUACCCGAAUGCUUCACGUUCGCCGAUCGGGAGGUCGCACUGCUGCGCGAGAGCGACGCCCAUCCGAACGUUAUUCGCUAUUUUUGUACAGAACAGGAUCGUAUGUUUCGAUAUAUUGCGUUGGAAUUGUGUCACGCCACCGUACACGAUUAUGUGCUGGGGCAGUAUGACACUUCGCUUAUAACGCCUUUGGACAUUUUAAUUCAAGCGACUUCGGGAUUGGCACAUUUACACUCUCUUGAUAUAGUUCACAGAGACAUUAAACCCCAAAACGUUCUACUAUCGAUGCCGGACGCAAAAGGUCAAACAAGGGCAAUGAUAUCCGAUUUUGGUCUCUGUAAAAAAUUACAAGUCGGCCGCGUAUCUUUCUCACGCAGAUCUGGCGUUACGGGCACGGAUGGUUGGAUUGCUCCCGAAAUGCUCAACGGAAGCGAACGCACGACUUGCGCCGUCGACUUGUUUUCAUUGGGUUGUCUAUUCUACUACGUUCUUUCCAAGGGGUCGCAUCCUUUCGGCGAUUCCUUGAGGCGGCAAGCGAACAUUCUGGGGAACGUGUCCGAUUUGGGCAACCUAAAAGGGGAACCGUGGCAAAUCGCAAUUCAAAAACCACUAAUUGCAGAUCUCAUCUCGGUGAAGACUCAGGAUCGACCGCCUUGUACAGCGAUACUGGUGCAUCCGAUCUUUUGGAGCAAUUCGAAAAUUUUGGCGUUUUUCCAGGAUGUGAGCGACAGAAUUGAGAAAGCCGAACCGGAUGAUCAUGUUCUGAUGACUUUGGAGCGAGACGCUGCGUUUGUCGUUCGAGGCGAUUGGAGGCGGUACAUUAGUACAGAGAUUGGAAAAGAUCUACGGAAGUAUAGAUCUUAUAGUGGGGACUCAUUGCGAGAUUUGCUGCGAGCGCUCAGAAAUAAAAAACACCAUUAUCGUGAGUUACCUCCGGAAACGCAAGAGGAACUGGGAAGCAUUCCAGACAGCUUCACCAGCUACUGGACGUCUCGAUUUCCAUUGCUGCUAAUCCACACGUGGCUAUCAAUGCAGAUCGUCGCACGCGAGACGUCUUUUUUGAGCUACUACCAUCUUAAUCAUCGUUUUUCUUUGUGUAAUUAUAAAACAAAGCAGGCGAUAUUGUAUCCACUUUAUUGCAACGAUAUCGACGACGAAUUCAACUUCGCCAGCACGGCGUCGGCCUACGACGAAAGCGCGGAGAUUUUCAAGAGAAGUCCCAAAAAGGUGCUAAACAUACGUAAAUAUUCCUACAAGCAAAAUAGCUAUAAUAGAAGGUAUAACGGGGGCGAAAACGAUAUGAAUCACAACUUCGCCAACGAAAGGGUGCAUUAUGUAGAUGAUAGGAACGUGGGUCUCUUUAGAAAUAAUAAUCCGUUAAUCGCGAAAAGCUUGCUAGCUAGUAAGGUAGUAGAUAGUAGUGUUUUAACGCAAGACGUCGUGUGCGAUGAAAAUGACGAGUUCGCCACGAGUCACUCUCAAUUUGCCAUUCGACCGAGGCGAUACAGUAAAAAUCGAAAGUUACUUAAACAAGUUUCUGAGCCUACAGAAGCAUCAGCCGAUAAUAGCGAUAAGAAAGUAAGUUAGGUUUAAACAAAAUUGUUGGCAUUGAGACUGGGUAAUUUAUUAAGAAUGUUUGCGAGUACUAAUACUAAUUAAUUUGAUCAAAGAUGAGUUGACUGUUGUUGCACCUUACAAUUAUUAAGGAGGUCGAAAUUUAAGUUGUAUCAGCUACAGAUACGAUGCGAAUUGCGCAGCUGUUAUUUCAUUGAUGUUAGAGAGUUACUGUCAUUCCCACAUGUUAGGACUAAAUUUGAUUAUUUGAUAUAUCAACAAUGGAUUAAUUAAACAGUCAUGAAGUAAUAAAAAAAGACAAUCAGACAGAAACAAGUAAAAGGUGUACACAAAUUAUUCAGUGUAAGGUGACAGGACAGGAAACAAAAAUGCUCAUACAGAGAGUUUGAUAAAAUGAAAGUGUAUAGACGAAUAAAAAUAAAAGAGAGAAAAGGGAAGGAAAGAGGUUUUGAAAUGGUAUUGAAACAGUUGACACAAGUAAUAGAAAAUAUAGUAAUGAAUGUAGGGCAGAGAAAAUAUAAAAAAGUAAAAAUAAAGAAACUUGAAAAAGAUAAAGCAACAUCAUGAACUGAAUGAGAGCAAAAGUUGAAACACCUGAAAAUUGUUACACGUUCUGUAAUGGAGUGAUUUUGUAAUAGACUAAGAUUGAAAAAAGAUCUUCACUACAACUUAGAUGAUUUUCUUUUGUCUUUCUUUAUUAUUUUGCCUUUAUUUUUAAGUGACUCUUUCGGCUGCUGCUCUACCAACUUAACUAUACACUUAUUCUCUAUUUUCUUCCAGUUUUUGCUUUGUGAUAUGUUUCUUUGUAUAAUAGUUUGUCUACUGUUUAGCAAUUGCAACAGUGGCAUUUUUUGUUUGCUUUUUUCAUCUUUUAAUAUCCCUUUGAAAGGUGAUGCUAGUACUGCCCGAAGUAGAAUUUUGUCAGUAUUGGCUUUUGGUCGGAUCUAAUAGAACAAUAAACAUACAAAGUUAUUACAUUAAAUGUGAUGGUGAUGCCAGAAUUAUCCGAUUAUUAUAAAAAAUUCAAGUGUUAUCCAUUGCUGGUCCACUUGUCACAAUUGAGGAGCUACGGUACCCAAUCUGUCAGUGGAUUAAUAAACAAACAAAUCAAUUAACCAAUUCUAGUCAACAUCCAUAAUAACCAAUCAAGCAAGGUGAGGUUUGCAGAUAACUCUCUAAUAUCUCAAAAUGAUAGAUUGAGGUUCUGAUUGAAGACGGCAGAUAUUCUUUAGCACUCAUUCAUCGAGUCCAUUUAUUAGGCGUAUUCUCAGAUUUAAAGGCGCAUAACUUUGUAAUUUUGUUAUUUGCACGAGUUUUCGUUGCCGACUUACUCGAGUAUGUUGACCACUGGCAAACGGCGCGUUUUUGUGAACCAAAAUUGUUGACGUGAUGGUGUCACUCGCUCUUGUUGACGAUACGCUAGGUUGUGUUGUACGCGAUUUGUCAACUAGCGUGGUGACGGCAUGUAUAAAUCACUGUGAUAUUUUAUUGUAGCACAUUCCUACUUUUAUAACAAAUUGUAUAUAAUUUGUAAGAUAUUAAGAUGUUAACAACAGAGAAGCAUAAAAAUGCCCAAAAAUUAACAUUUUAUAUUGUUGAUAUGUACAAAUGUAAUUUAAAACUUGAAAUUAAUAUAUACAUAUAGUUAAUAUAUUUUUAUUAAAAUAAAAUCAAAUUAGGGGGAGAGGGAGGAGGAAAUGCCAAUCACUCCUUAAACUUAAUUAUUUUAGUUUGUCCUUGUAAUUUUCUAAUAUAAUUAUGUCUAGUUGCUAUUUUGUAUGUACUGUUACAAAUUGUAGACAUAGCAAAUAUACACGGUUAUUUAA